AUGAGAGGCUUCUUCUUCCUCGGCGUCGCUCUUUUGGGCGCGGCGAAUGCCAGUGUCGUCGACUUUAGUCGUCACCAGCCACGGGAAGCCAAACAUUUACCCCGAGCCUACAGAGACCCAGUGUUCCAUGAGGCUCGAAGCUUUACUGAAAGGGCUGACCAGCCUUCCAAGCCACAAGCUGCUACUGGUGGUGGGAGUGGAGAGGAAGAUGAUCAGGAUACAGUUCAAUCACCUGCUUCUGAUUCUUCUUCUUCAGGUGGUGGCAGCUCAGGCAAUGCCAACAAGGGAACAUCUCAGAGCAAUGCGGCUGCUGCUCAACCGGAGUCUGAUUCCUCUGGAUCUCAGGGCGGUAGCUCGGGGAAAACCAGUGACGAUGAUGCUGCUGCUGAUGAGCCUCAGUCUGGUACUUCCCAAUCCCAAGGCGGCGGUUCAGGACGGACUAGCAACAAUGAUGCUGCUGCUCAACCUGAUUCCGAUACUUCCCAGUCUCAGAGUGGUGGCUCAGGCAACAGAAACCAGAAUUCUGGUACUUCUGUGCAGCCCAACUCUGAUGAUUCUUCUUCGGGGGAUGACGCUUCUGGCAAUGCUGCUUCUGGUCACUCCUCCGACUCUCCGGAUCAACAGGAUGAUGCUCCAGAGGACACUGAGCAAGAUCCUGUAGUAUCUUCUCCUUCAAAGGGUAACAGCAAUGGUGGUCAACAGGAUACUGCUGAGGCUGCCGUUCCCACAGAUGAUGCUGAGCCUGAGGCUCCAGCCCGAGUUCAAGCACCGAAGCAGAAUUGGGCAAAGCCUCAGACAACCCAGCAAUACCCUACUUCUCAACCAACUCAGCAGUGGCCUACAUCCCAGCCUACUCAGCAGUGGCCUACAUCUCAACCGACUACCUGGCCUACUUCUCGACCAACUCAAACGUGGCCUACCUCUCAGCCAACUCAAACAUGGCCUACUUCACAGCCAACUCAAAGCUGGCCAACAUCUCAACCAACUACAUGGCCAACUUCACAGCCAACUCAACCUACCCAGCCUACGAGCAUGCCCACUUAUCCAACUUCUUUGCCCACUCUACCUACCAGCAGAUCAACUCAACCAACGUCUAUGCCUACUCUACCUACAAGCAUGCCCACCCAGCCUACUAGUAUGCCCACCCUGCCAACUUCCAGGCCUACGCAGCCUACUAGUAUGCCUACUCUACCUACAACGACGCAGUCUGUCCCUACGACUACUCAGUCCGUCCCUACCAGCAUCCCAACUCUGCCUACAACUACUCAAUCUAUCCCUACAACUACCAAGUCGGUACCAACAACUACACAGACUAUACCUACGACUACAGAAUCUGUACCCACGACCACAAAGUCUAUCCCUACAACCACUAGCUCUGUACCAACAACCACUGUGACCACUCAAACUGUACCAACAACCACCAAGUCCGUGCCGACAACAACUACAACCACUCAGACUGUACCAACAACAACAACUCAGUCUGUGCCAACAACCACUGUAACCACCCAGACUGUACCGACUACCACCAAAUCCGUACCAACGACCACUCAAUCUGCACCCAGCACAACUGUCAAGACAGAAACUACAACCAAGCCUACCAAGCCUGUCACUAUCACUACUACUACUGAGUUGACAUCAAAGCCCACUAAGACUGCUACUGUCACCAGAUCUAGGGUGACUACUGAGUAUACUACCUCGACUGUAUACACAACAACCGUUCACACUGUCACGUCAUGUGCUCCCUAUGUCACCAAUUGUCCUCACACUCCCUAUGUAACCACCGAGACUAUCAUUGACUAUACCACUGUUUGCCCCAUCACCGAGACUAUUUACCCUCCACCAAUGACUACUGAGUACACCACUUCAACUGUCUACUCCACUAGAACAUACACCAUCACUGAGUGUGCUCCUUGGGUUCAUGACUGUGGCUACAUUCCUUAUCAGACAACUGAGAUCAUUCCGAUUUACACUACUGUUUGCCCCAUCCAGUAUGAGCCGACUCCGGAACCUCAGUGGACUACUUCAACUGUGUACACGACGUAUUAUCGAACUGUCACAGAAUGUGAGCCUUACUGCCCUGAGGAGCCAUAUGUAACCACAGAAAUUUAUCCCAUCUACACUACUGUCUGUCCUGUCACUGAGGUGGCCCCUGCCCCUACUGUUCAUUACGAACCUUAUGAAUGUGUGAGUGAGAAACUCAGCACCAGCUAUUCUGCUUCCACUAUCUACACAACCAAGGUCAAGACCAAGACUGAUUGUGCUUGGGAUGAUGACUGGUGUGAUUACGGCUACCCUUACACUACAACAGAAACCAUCGCUCUCUCCACCACUCUCUGUCCGGAGGUCAAGACGGAAUAUGUUCCUUGCCCUACGUAUCAUCCCCCGCCCCCACCUGUUGUGGUCACUUCCACUUCGACUUCUACCUAUUAUACUACUGAGUAUUACACCAUCACUGCUUGUCCAGAUACAGUGCCCUACUGUGAUAUUGGCCACAAGACAUACACUGUAUACGCUACAGCCACAACUUGUUAUACUUUUACGUAUACUACAACUGUUCCUGAGACUACCUACACCAGGAUUGUGCCUCCCCCGUUAACUGCUUCCACCGUUACAGUUACCACAGGGACCGACUACAGUAGCAAGACAAGUACUAUCUACUACUCCACAACUCAGACCUGGGCGACAUCUACCUACUCGACCCAUUCAACUGGAACUUCCACUUGGUCCACUGGAACUUCCACUUGGUCAACUCAAUCUGUUCCAACUUAUCCUACGUCUGUGGAGCAGUCUACAUCCAUCGAGAAGACUAGUUCUGUGGAGCAGCCUACGUCAGUUGAACAGUCUUCAACAGUGUAUGCGCCGCCCACGUCUACUGAGCAGCCUACAUCCAUGUAUCAGCCCCCGACAUCUGUCGAGCAGCCUACAUCUGUCUAUCAACAGCCCACAUCUGUUGAGCAGCCACCUUCGAAGCAGGAACAGCCUACAUCCAUGCCGCAGCAGCCUUCUGUCAAUGCGCCUCAGUCUAUGCAAACUGCUCCUCCUGCUGUGGAGUCUGCUGGCUCAGGUUCUUCUGGAUCAGACUCUUCUGGAUCAGACUCUUCUGGAUCAGACUCUUCGGGCUCGGGCUCUUCUGGUAAAGAUGCUUCUGGCUCAGGUUCGUCUGACAAAGAUGCUUCUGGAUCGGAUUCUCCCCCCUCUCACUAA